CAAACUUCGUGCCCACCAUGGCGACAGUCGAAGACGACGCCGCCGACGCCUUGAUGGCCGAGUUUGACCGGCCCAUGACGCCUCCUCGCGCUUUCAAUGCGUCUAUACCGAUACGAUACCCGUCUCUCCACGAUCUACCAACGGGAAAACCUCCAUCAUCGUAUCCUUCCUUCCAACAGUCUACUGCACCGGACGCAACCACCUCAACGUGCCCAUUCCUGUCUCCGUCCUUGUCAGGGCCAGCUUCCGUUCCGAAAUACCCUUCGCUUAAUGCUUGCUCAAUCCACUACCCGGCGCCGACAUAUGCAACGACAGCCCCAGUGAUCACAGACACUCCUGCGAUUCCAGCGCCGUCGCGAAACGACAUGACGUUUGCCGCGUCCAGCUAUUCCGGCGUUUCGACAUCCGCGCCAGUGCUUUACCCAACAUCUCCUGGUUUAGAGGUCACCGCAAGUUCUGACGAACGGAUUCCAGAUCUGUCGUCACUACCGGCAUCUCCAUCUUCUGCACACAGUCACGCCGACAUUCCAUCAAGCCCUUCCUCUCCACACGCUUCCUGGACUCCUGCAGCGACAGUCGCCAAGGCUAUCAAAGACGUCGAAGUCCUCGAAGCCGACGCCGAAGUAGACGUCCAGCACGAACUCGACACGAUGCAAUCUGUGAUGCAUCACAUCGAUCUCGCCCUGCGAGGCGAGACACCCCAUCAAAUUGCCCAGAAGGAACUCCGCGAGGCCGCCCGAAAAGAGCGCGAGAGACAGCGCUUGGAACGUCAGCUGGCGCAACAUGAACAGCACGUUCAGCGGGUUGCCGCCCGCCUCACCAGACAAUCCUCCUCCACAGCAGAAUAGCCCAUGAGCCAGACCUACCUGCAUGAUCGCUCAAGCGUGAACGCCCCUUCUCUCUGAUUAUAAUCGAUUACCACUUGAACAAAGUCCAAGGCGACGUCGACGCGAGCCACAACAGAUUUGCCUUACGCAGCAAAGGUCGCUACGACGCCACGGUGGUCCGAGGCGUACACGGGGCUGUCUCCAUCUUGGCUGAGCAUGCCGUUGUCCUUGGGAAAAUUUGCCGUGUCGGACGUCGGCGCUUGUCCAAAGACAUCGCAUCGCACAGCGCGACCUUUGCCGCGGGACAAGACAAAGUCGAUGCGCUUGACGGGGUCGUCGCUGGGAAACGUGAACGCGUGUUGGAUGUCGAACGGGCGCUUGGAAUUGGGGGUCGGCUCGUCUUUGUGGACGUGUAACCACGCGUCGACGAGGUUGGUGCGGUGGCCGUGGAGGGUCGCCUUCCCCUGAAGGAACUGAAUUCCAUUCGACUGCGGCUCUGCGUUGAGAUCGCCCAACAGCACCUGCGUCACCCCUACGCCUUGUUGAAUGUACUCCCACACUUGGA